AUGAAUUCGAACUACGCCACGAAUGCAGACAGUAUCACUCCACGGGAUGCAGCCCUUCAGGCGCUAUUUGAAAGUCGUCGAGAAGCUCGACAAGGGCAAAUUGACCAGUUUCAAUCGGAUGUCGAACAAGCGUCUGCUGACAAACCACCACCAUCCGACGAAACAUUAGCAAAAGAAGAACAGAAAACAUUAGCUGAUAUAGGUUGGCUUGAAAAUUUAGAUGCUCGAAAUGAUAUUGUUUCUAAUAUCGAAGAGUAUUUGAAUGACUUGACUGAACAAGCCAAACUUCUCGGAAUCAAAAGAUCUCCAACAUCGAUCGUCGAAGAGGAACGUGAAUUUUGUCAACAUCACAAUACGAAUAAUUAUGGUAAAAGCCCCAGCGAUAUUGUAUUGAUUCAAACAACAACUCUAGCUCGUUUAUCAAUGGUUUUAAUUACUAAAGGUCUUAUGUGGGCUGCCGCUCAUUUAAGUCAAGAUGGAAAAAGUUUUCCAAAUUUUUCAUCCGUCAUCGCCUAUUUACGACAAAGUAGUCACACAACACAUAUACCAAAUCAUCUUCUUCUCGAAUGGGAAAAAAAUAUUUAUUUAAUUGACUUGUUUGUCGUGGACGAAUCACUCUAUUGCGAUAGACAAAAAGCGACCGAUAUGUACGAUAUUUGCAUUGAAACAUACGAUUGGAUUAAAGUUUUAUUCAAAUUGUACAAGGGUGAACCAGACAAAGUAUUGUCAAUUAAAUAA